AUGAUCAAUCCCCAAGUCUUCGACCUCCAGCUCAAGACCAUGGCAGCUUGCCAAGGUAAGCCGCGCUCAUCAACCGGGCCUCUCUCUAUGUGGGAACACGCAGACAAGCAGACAAAGCAGCAGCAAGCCAGCUCUUCCAGGUCACUCGUGAAUGCUGCUAUUUCCUCCCCUGUUGGCCUGUUCAACGCAGGCCGCGACGCACGCAUUCUGAGUGGCCAGAAAAAGACAUGCCAAAAGGGUCACCUGCCCCUCCACUGCCUUCCACGCCAACCAUUGACAACGCGAGUGCGCCCACCAAAACGUCCUUGA